AUGCUACCCGCAAUUUCCUUGCCCGAGAAAAAGAUGGAUACAGACACUACCAAACUUUGCGAGUGUACCGAGAUGCUUCACAUUCGUCGCCAAGCGGAAGUGUGCCAAGAACUCUUCCCCAACGAGGAUGUGGCCAUCCAGCCGCUGCCGUCGGGUGGAAUCGCGAUCCGAACACGAGCCAUUUUCCAGGGCAAGCUCAACCGGGCGGUAGGAUGUGGAGAUGCCAGAGAAAUCAACGAGGAGGAGGUAAGGGGGCUGGAAGAGUUCUUCACCGCUAGCGGACUGACGCCAGAGAUUCAUCUCGGACCAUUUGCCUCGUCGGCAGACUUUACGUUGUUGAAAUCGCGAGGGUAUGAAGAGAAAGGGAAGCUCACGACUUACUGGUGUGCGUUAGGCCAGCCCGAUCCCUCCCCUCCUCCCCAUCAAGGGGGUCUCGAUGCAUGCAAGCCCGAGGCGUCCAAGGUUCUGGUGCGGCGUGUGGAGUCCCACGAGCGGGAGAGAUUUGUGGAGGCGUCGAUUGCGGGAUUUUCAUCAAACGGGCGAUCGCGCGAGCUGUUGGGGGCAUUGGCGGAAAUUGCGACACGGCGCACAGACACAAGGCUGUAUUUUGCAGAGGUGGAUGGGCAGGUGGCGGGGACAGCAGCGUUGGCCAGCAUAGCAACGGAUAGUGACGGUGUGGGCGUGGCCCAUCUGUACUUGGAUAGUACUCUGCCGAAAUAUCGGGGUCAAGGAGUGCAACAGGCGCUGAUCCUCGGGCGGUUAGAGGAAGCGCGCAAUUGGGGGUUGAGAUUGGCAACGUGUAUCACCCGGGUGGGGGAUGCGAGCGGGCGUAAUGCUGGACGGGUGGGGCUGCGCGUGGGUUAUACGACGAGUGUGAUGGGAUUCGGAAAAGGGAGUAGACCCUAG